AUGGAAAGUGAUAAGUCUGGUUUGCUUAAAUCCCCUCCUUCUGUAUUAAGGAGACAAGGUCGAACGAAUAGUAUACGUGGUCAAAUCCGCAGUUUAACAAACAAAAUGACUCCUCAACCGGUUAACAAACUGGAUGAUAUAAAAUAUGAACAAAAGUCAGUAAUUACUGAAGAAAUUCCAACUACUCGUGUGAAUACACGAUUAUUUAAUGCACGUAAACAAUUCUCCAAGCCAUCUGUCCCAACAAUAUCACUCGAUGAUCAAAAUUCACUAACUACUAGUCCUCAAUCAUCAAGAUCCGCAUUCAAUCAUAAAAAAAUGUAUAAGACCGACUCAAUUGAGUCUAGAACAUCAAUGCCUGUAUCACCAUCCGAAUCACAUUAUUCACCACAUUUUGAAAAGAAUUUAACACAAGUCACUACAACUAUGCGUGCACUAUCAACGUCUCCACGUGUAGGCUCACCGAAUGCUUUAAUUCCUCCCUAUAAUAAAUCUUUACAGCCUUUGGCUUUUUCAUAUGAUUCCAUAAAUCCAGACUACCAUAUAAAUAAGGAUACAAGUGACAAACAUUCGCGUGAAACCUACACUACUAAUAAUAGAGUUAAACCGAAAGGUCUAUUAAAUACUAAAUCUGAGCUCAUCAAAAGUCCUCAAAUGACAGGGAAAUUUUUUAUUCCGAUGACAUCCUCUGUAAUGACAUCAGCAUCAGCAUUAACAUCAAAUAUAAGUGAUGAUGUUUUAUUAGGAUUAGUGCAUCAAAAAUCAACAGAGUCACAUGAUUCCUCGAUAAGCAUGCCUAGUGUAACUAGUUCCGGUGGUAGUCCAUACACAUCAGGUGGUUCACGACUACUUGAACAAAAUAAAAAGGAAGAUAAGUUAUACAGAAGUACUGAAGUUAAUUUUUACACAGAUGACCAGGGAAUAAAGCCAAGUGAACAACAUAUUGUAAGACGUUCCAGUUAUGAAAUGGCCACUGGUAAAAUAGAACUUCCAGUUAACAAUCAAAAAAAGAAGAAAUUUUGGAAAGAAGCAUUAUGCACAUUGAAGGGAAAAAAAGAGUUGCUAUUCAAAAAACAAAUGAAGAGAUCAGAUGAAUGCAUGGAAUUUGGUGAUCCUGUAUAUCAUUUACUGCGAUGCGCUGCAUCUCCUGGUCAUCAACCAUCAACAUGUAAAUGUAUUUGUCAUUUAGAUAAUGGUGAUGAAUGUCAUAAAAUAGUAAGUGAAAUGUCUAAACCAAUUAAUGUUAUAUGUGCACCAGCAGCACGUAGAAAAUCACAUUAUCCAACAUUAUCAACUAGUACAUCUAAUUAUUAUCAAUUCACUUCAUCAAAUAUCAAUGAUAAUAUAACACAAUCAAAAACAAAAUUGACAGCAUUUAAAAAAGAUAGAACUAAUUCAAAUAUACAUCAUUCUAUGCAUCAAACAUAUGACUAA